ACUCGACAAUCCCCACUGAUGCCUGGACAGCCAGGAACACUUCGGUCGAAAUGAAAAGACAUAGGGGGGCUAGUAUGAAAACAUUUGUGGCGUAAUUGCAGGAAGCAAUCAGAGCUUCAGAGACGUUUCGUUUUAUUUUUAAAUAAACCAUGCAAGACGAAAAGCUCUGUCAAUGGCGAGAAGACGUUGAAGAGUAGCAAUCAUAACUGCACAUGGUGGGAGCAUGCUGGAUGUUGGGAAGUGGCCAGUAUUUGCGCUCGUGCCUCCGAACGAGCUGAGGCUGAUCCGGCAGGCCUGCGUCUUCGGCAGCUCGGGGAAUGAGGCCAUCUACGUCACAGUCAACGAUGAGGUCUUCGCUCUGGGCACUAACUGUAGCGGCUGCCUGGGACUGGGGGACGUUCAGAGCACCAUCGAGCCGCGCAGGGUGGACGUCCUCUGUGGGAAGAAGAUCGUGUCGCUGAGCUACGGCACGGCGCCGCACGUGGUCAUCGCCACCGCGGAUGGAGAGGUGUACGCCUGGGGCCACAACGGCUACAGUCAGCUGGGAAACGGCACCACCAACCACGGCAUGAUCCCCGCCCACGUGUCCACCAACCUGCUCAACAAGAAGGUGGUGGAGGUGGCCUGUGGUUCCCAUCACACCAUCGCCCGCACCUUGGAUGGAGAGGUGUACGCGUGGGGGUACAACAACUCGGGACAGGUGGGCUCCGGCUCCACCGCCAACCAGCCCACGCCGCGGCGGGUGAGCAGCUGCCUGCAGAGCAAGGUGGUGGUGAACAUCGCCUGCGGCCAGCUCUGCUCCAUGGCCGUGCUGGACAGCGGGGAGACCUACGGCUGGGGCUACAACUGCAACGGCCAGCUGGGCCUGGGCAACAACGGGAACCAGCACACGCCCUGCCGCAUCGCCGCCCUGCAGGGCAUCAACAUAGUGCAGAUAGCCUGCGGCUACGCCCACACUCUGGCCCUGACGGAGGACGGGUUGGUCUACGCCUGGGGCGCCAACUCCUACGGGCAACUGGGCACGGGCAACAGGAGCAACCAGGCUGUGCCUGUGCUGGUGAACCUGGAAAAGGAGAGGCUGGUGGAGGUGGCAGCCUGCCACAGCACCCAUACGUCGGCGGCUAAGACGCAGGCGGGGCAGGUGCUGAUGUGGGGCCAGUGCAGGGGCCAGGCGGUGGCCAGCCCCCACCUCACGCACUGCUCCAGCACCGACGACGUCUUCGCCUGCUUCGCCACGCCCGCCGUCACCUGGCGCCUCCUCUCUGUGGACGGAGACGAUUACCUCACGGUCGCGCAGUCGCUGAAGAAGGAGUUCGACUGCCCGGAGAUCUCAGACCUGAAGUUCCUGGUGGACGGAAAGCCCAUCCACGUCCACAAGGCCCUGCUGAAGAUCAGGUGCGAGCACUUCAGAACCCUGCUCAACGAGUCGGACGAGGACUCCAUCGAGAUCCAGCAGUUCUCCUACCUGGUGUACCGCGCCUUCCUGGAGUACCUGUACACAGACACCAUUAACCUGCCCCCGGAGGACGCUGUGGGGCUGCUGGAUCUGGCAACCUUCUACAGGGAGAACAGGCUGAAACGGCUGUGCCAGGACACCAUAAAGAGGGGGAUCUCCGAGGAGAACGCCAUCACCCUGCUCUCCGCUGCCGUCAAAUACGAGGCCCAGGACCUGGAGGAUUUCUGCUUCAAGUUCAGCGUCAACCACCUGACAGCCGUGACCCAAUCGCAGGCGUUUGCGGCCAUGGACCACAACCUGCUCAAGAACUUCAUCAGCAAAGCCAGCCGAUACGGAGCCUUCAAGAACUAAGCAGAACCCAGGACCCAGAGAGGGAGAGGGGGAGGAGGGACUGGGCCGGCUGCCUGGGACCUAGAGAGGGGGGCGGAGCAAAAGGGGAUCCAGGGAGGGGGCGGGGCAAUGGGGACUCAGAGAGGGGGCAAGGGAAAGGGGGCAAUCGGGAUGCGCAGAGAAUCCGCUGACAGGGCAUUAGAACUAUCCUGAGCCAGAUGAAAGGCCCCAGAAGACUGAUUGGGGAGGAGCCAUCUCCACUAACUGGAAAUGAUUAAGCUCUACCUGAAACAGGUGCACAUACUACAUGCACACACACACACACACACACACACACACACACAAAGACAGAGAUAAGGUAGCAUAUGAAAAAGCCUGUAGCAGUGAAUUAAUCAUUAAGUGGACCUGACCAUGUGAGAGACAAAGCUACAGCUUCUCUCUGGUCUAAAACAAACUGCACUUCUCUGGGUAGUCUGAUCUCAUUCAGGAAUCUGGCUGAUCUAUAUCAUCUGAAGUCACACAAAACAUGAGCUUUCCUGCCCAGGCUGAGGGGUACCUGUGUGGCAGUGAGCCUUAGAGUGAGGCCACGGGUACCUGUGUGGCAGUGAACCUUAGAGUGAGGCCAGGGGUACCUGUGUGGCAGCGGGCCUUAGAAUGAGGCCAGGGGUACCUGUGUGGCAGCGGGCCUUAGAGUGAGGCCAGGGGUACCUGUGUGGCAGUGAACCUUAGAGUGAGGCCAGGGGUACCUGUGUGGCAGUGGGACUUAGAGUGAGGCCAGGGGUACCUGUGUGGCAGCGGGCCUUAGAGUGAGGCCAGGGGUACCUGUGUGGCAGUGGGACUUAGAGUGAGGCCAGGGGUAACUGUGUGGCAGCGGGCCUUAGAGUGAGGCCAGGGGUGCCUGUGUGGC